CAAUGUUUAGCCGGCACAUCCAAUCCAAUCCAGUUGCAUCUGACGCCAUCUUUAAUUCGGUGCGGCAAUCUUGCGGUGUUUCGAUUCCUCGGCUCGCUGAUUUCGUUUUGACAACGGGGAAGUUUGCAGGCAUGAAGCACGUGGAAGAUGCGGCCGUCCAGGCUGUCGGAAAGGUUUUAAACGAUCGUGGCCGACCUCUGAAGGAGCGCUUUCGGGCUCUCUUCACGCUGCGCAACUUGGGUGGCGAGUGCGCCAUCGAGUGCAUCGCCAGCUGCUUCACGGAUCCGUCGGCGCUGCUGAAGCACGAGUGCGCCUACUGUUUGGGCCAGAUGCGCGACCCCCGCGCCAUACCGACGCUCGAGAAGUUGCUGAGAGACAAGAAGGAAGAAGCAAUCGUGAGGCACGAAGCCGCCGAAGCGCUCGGAGCCAUCGGCGAGCCUGAAUGCGUCAACGUUUUGAGCGAAUUCGUCAGCGACGAGACAGCCGUGGUGGCCGAGACGUGUCAGCUAGCGCUGGCUCGCAUCGCGUGGCUGUCAAGCGCCGAGAGCCAGCUCGAGGCGUUCGCCGACAGUCCGUACAGUUCGGUGGAUCCCGCGCCACCGCUGCUGCCGGACGACGGGGGAGGCGUCGAGGAGCAGGCGCGAGUUCUGAUGGACAAGUCGGCGCCGCUGUUCGAACGAUACCGCGCCAUGUUCUCGCUGCGCAACGAAGGCAGCGAGCCGGCGAUACGGGCGCUGGCCCAGGGUCUCCGCUGUCCGAGCAGCGCGCUGUUCCGCCACGAGGUCGCCUACGUGCUGGGCCAGGCGAGGCACGAGGCGGCCGUCGAGCGCCUGGGUGAAGUGCUGGCUGACGAGCGCGAGUGCGGCAUGGUGCGUCACGAGUGCGCCGAGGCCCUAGGCUCCAUCGCCACCGGAGACUGCUUCGACAUGUUGCGCCGCUUCGAAACCGACCAAGAGCCACUGGUGAGGGAGAGCUGCGCAGUGGCGCUGGACAUGUGCGAGUACGAGAACAGCUGCGAGCUACAGUACGCCGACACCCUGCUCAAGGUGCAACCCGAGGCUCUCAUAUAGAACGUUCCAUCGUCGUCCUCUUAAAUUCGUCGCAUUGUUUCUCGAACAGUCCGUUUCGUGUAAUUUUGGUUGCCUCUUGCUUUAAAUUUCGGUAGUGCAUGCGGGGGGAACCGAGGUUUUUCAUCGUACGUAGUCGUCGAUGGCGUUGCGUUUGACUUUUCUCGGCAUCUGGCCGUCUUUCUCGCAGAUAUGCAGGGCUAUGCUGAUACAGAAAUCGACUUGCGAGUUAACCUGUCGGUUGAACUUGCAUAGUGAAGUGGUGGGACUGAAGUUUUUCCACUACUGCAACAGCUGGGAGUGGUUUUGGUUUUCGUUUGUUAUUAGGCGCGUUCAGAUUCGUUUGAAUGGCGGUGUUCUUGCAUACCUUCAAAAGGUCAGGCCUACGCAAACGUAUCUAACAGCUGAUUUUCUACAGCCAGGGCUGCCACCACACACUUAACAUUAUCAAUCCUGUAGAACACACAGCAGUCCUGUGAUACACAAGUUGAGAACAUAAUCAUUAUUUCCCUUAGUGUAAAAUGGGUCUUGGCUAUGCCUUGAUAGCGGUACUCGCAUUGACAUUUUAAGUUAGUGUAUCUUGCAACACAUUCCUUGCUCUCUCACAAAGCUGUAAUUUGCUAUAGUUGUAUCGAUGCAGCAUUUUCCUCACUCUGUUAGCAUGUUAAUUACUUUACAUAUUAUCCUCAUGUGCCAUGAAAUUGAGUACAUUUCUUGCUUCACAUGAUUCACACAGAAUGUACCUAUACAAAUAAAAUACGUUGCUGCACAUUUGCUCAUAGUCUGGAAUAGAUUUGAGCAGAAAAGACGAUACUAAAUUAGUGUUUAGUCACUUGUCGACUUGUCUCCCAUCUUGUGCUCAAAUAUGUUCCAUGCUCGUACAUUUAUCCAUUGGUACAUUAGCUGUCGUACAACAUGCUUCACUACAACAUUUGGGCCACCGCAGAACAGGUUCUGAAACUUCCAAACCUUAGGAUAAUGCUAAUAGAAAUGCGAGAGUGUCAUACUGUCACUGCAUGGUGACUGCUUAAAAUGUUAAAUCUUACUUCUGGUUGUUUCAUGCAAUCUAGGCAUCCAGUGUAUCUCCAACUUACAAUUCUUUACCCACCUUGUUAUAAUUAUUACAGUUGGCCAUCUGAACUUUUCUUAUGUGUAGUUCUCAAAAACUGCAGUACAAUAACUGCUUGGUGUUGAACACCAUUUCCAUACACUGACAGUGUUCACUCACAUUUUUCUGUUACUCUGCUUUUGAAAAGCAUUCUUGGUGCUGUACUGUGGCAUAACAUUGUUAGCAUGAAAACAACCUGCCACUGUUAGACCAAGUUUUCACAUUAUGGUUACCUGUUAGUGCUGAUGUAGUCGGAGUUGCAAAGCUCUCGCACUGUCAUGUUACCUUAUAGUUUCUGUGUAGAGGGAUCUGAUACCUUGAGAGUGCUUGCAAUCCAUCUUUGGAAUAUCUAGUGGGUUCGUACUAUAAAAAACCUUGAUCUGUUCGAGUUAGGGCUAGUGAGUACAGCCUGAAAUACACCUAUAGCACAAAAGCAGCAGAAAGGUUUGCAUGGAGUAUGUGCGUGAUGUAUGUUUUUUUAUCCUGAAAUGGCUAUAGUGUGAUGCAGGUUAUCCACAUCAGAGAUGCAUGGCGCAUCUAGCAGUGCGAGGUUGUAUUGUGAGGCGUCCUGGUAAUGUCUCGAUCUGUUUGUUCUAGCUUGUAGAACACCUGGGUUAGUAAAUAUAGUUCUUACUGUUAGUGAAUCUAGUUUUAAAUCGUCUGUGUCUGGCCUAGUUGGUAAUUGUGUUACUUAUCUCUUGGAGUAACCAUUCGGUAUUUUUGUACAACGAGACACGUGGCAACUUUCAGUUCGGUAUCAAUGAUCCCCGCUUUCCCAAAUAAUUUCCUAAGUUAACUGUCUGUGAUGUAUGUUCUAAAUAACAAAAGCGCAUUCAGAAUUUGCAUGGUAUGUUCUUAAUUGCCUACUUUCUGAAUUUUAAAAACCUUUUUUUUUCCAUAAUCUUUGUUUGACAGGAUGCUGUGAGGCUCUUGAUUUGAGCAGUGGUAAUUGUGAGGGCUUGCUUAGCCAAUAUCUUUGCAACUGUUCAAAAAUGAGUUGAAGAGGGCAAAUUUUCAUAUGAUUUUCAGCUGGUUAUAUUGAUGACAGAGCUUAUUCUGGCAUGUUGUUCCUGUAAUGUGCAGUAGUUUCAUGCCAAAGCCGUCUUUAAUGUUGAACACAAACCACUUAGGUUAAAACGCUUCCUGAAUUGGGAAAUGCCCUACCAGGUGCCCAAACAAGAGAACUUCAUUAUUUGUAAUGUCAUCAAGCAUAGUAAACAGAGUGCUCAAGCUGGUGGUCACUUCAAGAACUUGGUUAAUUUAUGUAAAAGAUGCUGCAGAUGUGACAAUCAUGAACUCGCUUCAGUGUGAGUCUUUCAUUGUCACCUUGUAAUACACCAGAGUACUCGGUUCCUGUCUCUGUUUUUUUUGUCGUGUUUCUGUGUUUUAGAUAGUCUAUUUAGUUGAUACAUUUCACUAAAUAAGAUGGGCUUACUGGUUAAUGCCUUACUGAAAAAUAUGCUGGUCACAGCAGAUGGAGGGUAAAGUUUUGUUUUAGCUGAAACAAACAAGUCAGCUUCUUUUAUCAAUUUCCUUACUGAACGUGCAGAACUGCUGUUCUUUGUCUUGGUAAAUAUACUGAGGUCAGUGGCCUUACACCUCUAUACAAUGCACAUCUGUUGACAGCCUUGUUGUGCGGGAAGUGACAUCGGUUUGUGCACAUUAGCUUGUGCUGAGUGGUUGUGCAGUCGUGUUAAUGCCGACCGCAUACCAGCCUUACCUUCAUCCCUCGGUGUUUUGACAAUCUUCAACCUUCUUUGUUGCAACACCUUGCUGUGUUCAAGUUCUACAUUGCGCUGGCUGGGCUACGUCCAUAAUUGCUAACUGCACGGGUGAUGAGACGAAAUACAUUUCGACAUCUACAGUCGCCAUAUGUCAUUUGUCCCACUACCUUUGCUGUUCUCAAUGUUGUGUAUUACUGUUCUCUGGAACAUAUUUAUUUCACAGCCAACUCAACAGAAUCAGCGUACAAAUAGAAGUAGAUGAAUGAUUGUUCAAUUUUUUUUAGUAUUAUUAGCAGUCGAACUUUACUUCGUUUGCCGGAAAAAUGGGCAAGAAACAAUGUUUCGUGUUAUAUAACAGUGAUCACGGAUUGUGAAUCUGUGUCUAUAUUUCACCGAUUUUCAAACUUGUCGUCAAUGAUGCCUGUGCCAAACUUUAGACAAGUUGUACUUUUGAGAAAACAUGAUUUCUUAUUGACGAUUUUUUUGCAAAAAUGUCAAAUGCAUGAUGGCUGUAGUUAGCCAUAUUGUGCCUGAGCAUUUGUGUUGCAUCCAUACUGUCUGUAUUUUUACUAUGGUCCAUAAUGCCAUGGGCUGGGAAUUAUUGACUUUCGUGGCUUUUGUGGCUUGAGAGGGAAUUGGCGAAAUAGUAAAAAUUUAACUGAUUUGAAGUAGCACUUGAGCAAAUAUGGCCAGAGCUGUGAGGAUAGCAUGACCAGCAGUAGUGUUACCUUGACUCUACAGCUGUUAAAGAAUACGAUUUCUCAAGGGGGUCAAUGGAAUACUGUUAAUGUGUUCUAUUCGAUAAUGCUCUCUGUCAGUCCAUCAGAUAGCUAAACUUGUUUUCCUGCAGUUGAUGCUACAUUGUCAAGAUGCUUAUUGCUUGUUUGAAGGCUUGAGUUAUGUGGCCCGUACUAUGAUAUAAGUGGCCCGCUCUUUAUUAUUUCAAGUGCAAAAGGCACUGAGGGACUUUGAAGGCAGCAAAUUUGACCUUAUUUACUGAUGUUUGCUAGCGAUUGCUUAUGCUAUGCACACCAUAUAUUUUUAAAAUUAUGCCAAUUUCAUUGAACUGCUGGUCAUCCAUUGAUGCGAGGCAUUCCCCAUAACUGAGUGGGGCGAUCUUUCUUCUUUAGUUUUUAUUUGUAUUGCUUUUCUUCCUCAGCACGAGUUCAUUCUUACAAUGUUUUAAUAUAUGACUCAGGGUUAUUGAACUGCCUCUAGCGAGUUUCGUGUCUGCCCACAUAUUCGAGAUUCUUCUGUGGUGUUCCUAAACUGCAGGUUAUCACUGGUCUAAUCAAUAUCUGCUAGACAAGCCUACUGCUUUGUUUUUCAUACUGAGUCAAGAUAAGGCGGUACUGAUUGCACAUUUUAGGGCAAGCAGCUAGGACAAGUCAAAGUUUGUAUUUAAGAGUUAUGAGGGUUACUUCAAGUUUUAGAAUUAUAAGCACAGUUGAAGUAGUAAAUUAUUUUUACUGUGGUUCAUGGUACUCUGAAAAAUAAUAGCUAAAAAUAACAAUCCCUGUGAGAAGGUUAAUUAAUAAUAAUGUUCCAAAUAAAAGGCAGAAAGAGCAAUGCAUGAAGGAGUGAACUCUAUACAUUCUUCGUUCAGAGCAGGGUAUGAAAAGGUGAGAGUCUGCGGCUAGAUUUCAGCACUUCCAAAUGCCACAAAGUGCUAAUACCAUGUCUUUCUGGUGGCAUUGGUUUGUGUUUUGGGAAUCUCCAGCAACUGCACUCAAACUCGCAUUCAAUGUUAACAGUUAUAUAUAAAGUGUUGUCUGAAUGGAUGUUUGAAUAUUUAUUGCAUAGAAGGAUUCUAUAGCUGCCAAAUCAUUUAUAGCAACUGUAAGAGAGCAUUUGUCCCAAUAAAGAACUAUAAAAACCAGA